AUGGAGAAUGACCAGUGUCCCACCUCACCCGGGCAGGACAUCCGGGGGCAAAGCGGGGACAAACCUGCCCCCAGCUCUCCACCCCUGGCUCCAGCCCCUGCCGAGCAGCUGAGCGCCCGGCCCGAAGCUGCCACGUGUGACAUCUCGGAGGAGCUGAGCCGGCAGCUGGAGGACAUUAUCAAAACCUACGGGUCUGCUGCCAGCCUGAUGGAGAAGGAAAGCGCUGUGACGGGAACCGACGGGCCUGAAAAGGGAGAGCCAGGCAGUGUGGAGGAUGCAGAGUACGAAGAUGCUAAUGAGGAGAGUGAGAAGGAGAAGCUGGCUCCUGGAGAUCCUUCCAGAGCAAAGGAGCCCAGCGGCAGCAAGGAGCAAAAGCUGGAGAAGAAAAUCCUGAAAGGACUAGGGAAGGAAGCCACCCUGCUGAUGCAAAGCUUGAACAAGCUGAAUACUCCAGAGGAGAAGCUGGACCUGUUAUUUAAGAAGUAUGCUGAACUGCUCGAAGAACAUCGCGCUGAGCAGAAAAAGCUCAAGUACCUGCAGAAGAGACAAGCCCAGAUCACCAAGGAGAAGGACCAGCUGCAAAGUGAGCACAGCCGAGCCAUCCUUGCCCGCAGCAAGCUCGAGAGCCUGUGUCGGGAGCUCCAGAGGCACAACAAAAACCUUAAGGAGGAAACAAUUCAGCGGGCACGGGAGGAAGACGAGAAGAGGAAAGAAAUAACUAAUCAUUUCCAGGGCACGCUGAGUGAAAUCCAGGCUCAGAUCGAGCAGCAAAGCGAGAGGAACAUGAAGCUCUGCCAGGAGAACACAGAGCUGGCAGAGAAGCUGAAAAGCAUCAUCGACCAGUACGAGCUGCGGGAAGAGCACCUUGAUAAAAUAUUUAAGCACAGAGAACUUCAACAGAAACUGGUGGAUGCCAAGUUGGAGCAGUCUCAGGAAAUGAUGAAGGAAGCCGAGGAGCGACAUCAGAAAGAAAAGGAAUACCUCCUGAACCAAGCUGCAGAAUGGAAGCUCCAGGCCAAAAUGUUAAAGGAGCAAGAGACUGUCCUGCAGGCACAG